GGGUCUCUUCCUCUAGAAUAUAAAGGAAAAUCGCUAGGGGAUAUCAAUUUUGAUUCAAAUUUAGAAUGUGCCAUGGAAAGUGAUAAUGAAGAAGAUGGUGGCGCACUUACUUCAAAUGUAGUCGUUCAUGAACGAUGUGUGCCAGAUGAAGUAAAAGCCAACUCAUCUCAAAAUAAUACUCUUGUUUUUAAUAGGUCCACAUAUGAAAAUGUUGAUACUUAUGAAAAUGAAGAAUAUGAAGAGAAUCGAGAAAUGUUUGUAAAGAAACCCACUAAAAGAACAGUUUGGUCUAAGGAAGAAAUAGCAGCUAUAAGAAGCAAUUUUAAUUCAUUCAUAAAAAAGAAAAUUUAUCCAUCAGGGGAAACAUUAAAGGAAUUUUUAAAAAUAGAAACAUAGAACUGUAGCCAUGUUAAAAUCAAAACUUCAGCAUUUGAUGAAGAAGUCACAAUUAUAAUUUUUUCUACGAUCACCACUGCAAAUCGUUAAGAUCACACAACUCGCUAAUCAUGUAUGCGUGUCCUUACGCACAGCGUGCGUAAGAAAAGCAGAUCGCACAGUUAGGGAUUUUUCGAUUUAUUCAAUUUAGGUUGGUAGUGAAAAUGACAAGACGGACAGGCAAAUACAAAAUUGUGAAGCACUGUCAGCGUUACUGUUAAUAAAAGAGGCAUAAUCAAAGAAUUUUAAAAGAAGAAAACGAACAAGCCGAAAAUGUCUAGCGAUAGUGAUAAAUUAAUGUGCACGCCGCCGGAGAUAAUUGAAAAGGCCAAAACGGCUAUCGACAAUCUUUUGCCCACAAAGUCGCGUGAAAGAUAUGAAAUCGUCUAUCAAAAAUUUAUGAAAUGGAAAAUAAAAAAUAAAGUAAAUUCGUUGUCAGAAAACGUAAUGUUGGCAUAUUUUGAAGAGUUGUCAACUACAAUGAAACCAUCUUCUCUUUGGCCGAUAUAUUCAAUGUUAAGGGCUACAAUAAACAUAAAACAUGACAAAAUCAACAUUGCCACUUAUCCUAAAUUAAUAGCUCUACUAAAAAGAAAAGCAGAUGGCUUUAAGAGCAAAAAGUCAAAAACUUUAACAAGCAAAAAUAUAAAUGAUUUUUUACAAAAUGCUCCAGAUACGCAAUAUCUAUUUAUGAAGGUUGUUCUUAUCAUUGCGGUUAGUGGUGCAUGCAGAAAACAGGAGUUGCGAAAUAUUAAACCUGAACAUGUGCAAGAUACUGGAGAAUCAUUAAUUAUCACCAUUCCUGAUUCAAAAACAAAAACUCAACGUUCUUUUGUUGUACCUAAAACUUUUUAUUCAACUUGUAAGAAGUAUAUGAACCUACGUCCUUCAGGAGAUGAUACAAAAUCACUACCUUUUCUUUUAAAUUACAUAAACCAAAAAUGCACCCAGCAGUGUGUCGGCAUAAAUAAGAUUGGUAGUGUACCAAAAAAUAUAGCAGAAUAUCUUGGUUUACCAGAUCCAAAACAAUACACUGGUCAUUGUUUCAGGCGAUCGUCUGCCACCAUCCUAGUUGAUGCUGGCGGUGAUUUGCUAGCAUUAAAAAGGCAUGGUGGAUGGCGGUCGUCGUCGGUAGCUGAAGGCUAUGUAGAUAAUUCAGUGAAAAAUAAAACCGACAAUUCACUAAAAAUCGCAUCUGCGAUAAACAACAGUCCUACUACAUCAAAUAAUCAUGUCACUAUUUCAGAACAUAAUGUGACUGCAUCCUGUAGUCAGAGUACAAGUAGCCACAAAACUAAUACUACCGACCAUUCCCUUGUGCUUAACAACUGUGCAAUGACAAUAAACAAUUACUACAAAUAAUUACAAUAUCUAAUAAAACUAAAAUGUUAAUGUUCAUGAAUAAAAUGAAAAUUUUUUUC